AUGGCAGCUGCCUGGUCGGUGCUUUCUGACGAAGGGAAGGUGCGAGGGAGCAUGGACAGAGCGUCCCUGAUUGAUGUAGUUGUCUUUGUCGCUAUGGCAGACAAGGUGCGACGAUCCACACAGAAGCGAUGGGGAAACCAGACAAUUGAUAUGGUCGAAACCCUGGUCAAUUCUAUGGCUCUGUUUCUGGCUUCUUGCAUCAGACAAGAGGCGCUGAGGAUUUGUGAUGCUGUGGCUGACAUAGACUCCAGAUCAAUCCCUUCCAGGCGGAUUUUGAGAUCACCUCCUGCCACUGACCCCUCGCCUGGUCAGCCAAACAGCAGCCUUGUCCCAUUUGACCCACUGAAUGAAGAUGAUGGUGCUGAGCAGCCUGCUGCUACAAGAUCUCGGAAGUCCAAGGUGAUGGUGGAUCUGAAUUCCAUCUGGGAGCUCUACAGUGACUCGCUGUCAAUGGGUGUCAGCUUGCCAACCCUCGCACGCACACGUCGCAAAGAUCGUGGAGCUGGAGUGUCCGAAGAAUCAACGCUUUACUGGACCCGCAAGAUUGAAAAUAUCUACGGCCGUAGAUCUGGGAUGUCUAUGGCAGGGUGCCAAUACUACUCUGUAGCCUGCGACGCCUCCAGGCACUCCUGCCGGGAGACUUUAGUCAGCUGUGUUUGGUCAACAGACAAUCAGGUUGGUUGUUACGCAAAUAGCCAGGUGAUGAAGUCAGGCGGCACACUGUUGGCGCCUGGCGAGGCCCUGUUGGAUGACGAAGUUGAAGAGCUGGCAGCUACCCGCCAAAUUGAACGGUUAGCGUCGUACCGGCUCAUGCAGGCAGUGAGCUACCAACUCAAAUUUUUGACCGGCAAGAGCUUUAGCGCGUUCAUGCUUGACGAGACUGAUCCGUUGGCUUUGGCUUUGGCGCCAUUGAGUCCAGAUGUGGUCCGGGUUCUCAAACAAAACAGUGUCUUUGUUCACAACAAAGCUACCCGGGAAACAAAGCAGCUUGAUUGGUCGGGGGCAAGGUCGAAACCAGUCCUUUCUUUGAUCAUGGACCAGGUGCCAUGCGGAUGUGCUUUUGCAGGAUUCCUGGCAGGAUCGGACCGCUGCCUCAUGCACUACAGUUUCUCGGCGUUGCUUGUUGGCUGCGCCUGUGUUGUAGCAGCCUGCGCCACCAAUUUCUUAUUUGAGCAUUUGGAAUGCUGGGAUCCCUUGCACCGGUUGAUCAACGACAUGAAACAUGGGAUGGCCUUUGGACCGAAAGAGAUUUCCAACCGGCUUCAAACCGCGCUCCUCAGCAGUACCUACCUCUUCAACCUGAACUAUAAACCGUUUAAAGGUGGGAGUUUCCAUGCUGACAAGAAGGAAUUGCUUCAGCACUUCAUGGCCACAACGUCAGAGGAUUCAGACCUGUUCAGCGAAUACGCUGUCUUGAUCUCAAUGGACUUCAAACAGCAGAUCCGAACAGCAGAAGACUUUCGGGACUUGUGGUCGUCUCUGGCUUCGGAGCUCGAAAGCUUCAGGCUGAAGAAGUCCCUUGUAAAAAGUGGCAGGUGGUUUAGCUGGCAUACAGCGGCAGAGGAGCACAUGAAUGAGUGGCACGCACUGCAAAUGCUUCUCAGGCACCAAUUCCCGGACAUGGACCACCCGGACAAAACUGACAAGAAAAGUUUCAAAGAUUUGAGAAACGACUCUGGCGGGCUGAAGUUGGCUCUGAAGUGCACCACCUUUCAAAACUGGUUGGGAGUCCAGGUGCUCAUGCUGGGUGGGCGACCCAUGUGGAAUUGGUGGUCAAAAACAAUCCGGGAGAUCAAGUCACCACAGGACGGGCUGAGAAACUUCAUCACCAUGAGCUCGACUUGGAGGUCAGACCUGCAGCUUCAAGAGCUGGCCGGGUGUCUUCAAAAUGCUGUGGAAAUCAAGCGUGUGGCGCAGUAUUGUGCUGUGGCUGGCUGCUCUCCGGAGGAUUUUGCCAAGCAGCUCUGGUACUAUGUGGUGGGCUUGCUGUGCUACCGUGUUGGCUCACUGUCGAAGCAUGAGUGUGCUCCAUACUGCUUUGCGCCAAUUCUUGGCCCGGAAGGUGUAGCUUCGCACGCUGCUGGUGAGAUGAUGUUGGGUGAUUGGAAAACAUUGUGCAUUUUGGAACAGGCAGCCAGUCCCGGAGCAGCGGAUCUGGCAAUGGAAAUGCGGAACUGCAUUUAUCCGCCAAUGAGGCUGGCUUUUAACCUGCUGGAAACUGGGGAUAGGAGGAGUGGGCCUGGAGCCGGUGUCAUCACGAGCUCAGGCUCCGAAGAUCGUUUUCUCUGUGUUUCCAACCUGCGGUGGUGCAUCAUUGGAUGGCCUUUUUGCUUGGUCACCAAUGAGGACAAGGAAGAAUACUAUCUGGAUCCAUGUGGAAGUGCCAGCAUCUUCUUCAUGCACAAAAUGGAUGACUUCGAGUGCAGCUCAGUUGAGCCAGCUCUGCAGCUGGAGGAAGGCAAAAUUGCUGCACACUUUGAUGUCUUCGAAAAUUCACUUCGAUGCUGUCUUCGGUUCUUCAGUUCUGACCUGGUGCAGCACGAAUUGCUCUUCAUUGCAGAGCUCUGCGGAAAUCAGGUGUCCAAAACCAAAGGUCGCGCAGCUUUGCUGGAACUUCUGGCUCUUCAAGUUGGUGAUCAGGACUUUGCCGACUGUGUUGUGCAGGCAGAUGCGAAAUGCAAGAAGAAAGCUUCAGCUGGCGGGAAUGGAGAAGAUGAUGAGAGAGACUGGCAAGAUGAUCUGGCUGAGAUGAUCUUGGAGUCAAUGGACCGGGAAGAGUUGUCUGACUUCAAAGACAUUCUGCAGCGUGUCUCCACCAAGGACAAGAUGAAGAAGAAACUCCAAUGGGCCAACCUCUUGGAGAAGCACCUGCAAGAGAAAAAAGAACGAAAGGCCAAAGGUCGAGGAAAAGGGAAACGUGGCAAGGGCAGGGGCAAGGGCAGAGGAGCCAAAGGCCGUGGCAAAGCUUCUGUCCGCAGACGGCUGAGUUUUGCUACCUCUGAAGCUGACGGAGAUGAUCAAGGGUUCGAUGCUCCUGACGAUGAAAAUGGACGCAAUUCAAGUAGUGGAAGUGGCAUUAAGAGGAGAAAGAUUGCUGCUCCCGGGCCCGCUGCUGAUGAAGCAUGUGGCGCAGGGCUCGAAGCCAAUGACGCCGAGAUGCCUCCAUCAGUUCUCGAAGUUGAUGACAACGACCCCAUGGAUGCUGACUUGGCCCCAGCAAACACCUCUUCAAACCAGCCGUUGGAUGAGCAAAGUGAUUCGACAAUGGGCGAAGAACAAUGUGAGUCAGAUGUGCCUGCUGCAGCUGAGCAACCUGAUGCAGCUGCCUUCGGCGAUGUCUGGUCGUGUGAGUCAGAAGUACCUGCCGUGGAUGAGGAACCUGAUUCAGCAACUGCCUUGGGCCAACAGUGCGAGUCAGAUGUACCUACAGCUGUGGAUGGGCAACCUGAUUCAACAACAGCAGGGGGUGAGUCAGAUGUAUUUGCGGAUGUGGAUGAGCAACCUGCUUCAGGACCACCAGCAGCUUUGGAUGGCGGAUCCGCAGAGUCGUCGCCAACUCCAGCUGCAGGUGCAGGUGAGGAACCACUAGUUCCAGCAGCUUCAUCAUCAUCAAGCGAUCCUCCAGUGCCACUUGCUUCGCUUCCAGAACACGGUCCAGCACAACCUCCAGCUUCAGAACCUGGCUCAGAGAGGGCUCCCUAUGUCCGAGGGCCCACCCUUCACCAUUCUCCAGCUUGUUUGCGUGAGGUUUCCCCGCCCGGGUGCGCAAUCUUACUCAACUGUUCCUUGAUUGACUGA